AUGACAUGUUUUUGUACAUGUUCCAAUAUGAGGUGUGGCUAUAAAUUACCUAGCCACGCCCAUAACAUGGCGGAUUUUAAAGUCCUCUUUGUUGUUCUGUUGAUAUUUUUAGCUGCUGUUGUAAGCGAAGGAACACUUAGCAAAUCCGACAAAAAGAAAAAGAAAAAGAUCAAGGAAAUUACUCCAGAUGAAAAUGCAGCAUCAGAAGCAGCUCUAAAGACUGUUAGUGAGAGAGGUCUAGUAUCUGCAAAUGUCAAAUAUGCAGACAUUAUUAAAAAUCAUAAAUUAUACUCUACAAACUCAGCAAGCAAAAGACAGCUACCAGAAACAAUGAUGUCCCUAGGUUACGUAACUCCAUGGAAUAAUCAUGGUUAUGAUACUGCUAAAUGGUUUGCUAACAAGUUUACUCAUAUUUCUCCAGUUUGGCUACAAAUAAAGCCUGCUAGGCAAAUGUUUGAAAUGACUGGUAUUCACGAUAUUGAUCAAGGAUGGAUUGAGGAAGUUAGAAAUGGAGGGAAGGAAGGAGGAGGAGGAGUAAAGAUUGUCCCUCGGCUAUUAUUUGAGGGUUGGACCAUGAAUGAUUAUCAGGAAUUAUUUUCAAGCGAAAGCAAAAGAUUGAAAUUAGCCGUCUUCAUCACCGAGCAGAUUGCAAAUUACAGGUUCGAUGGUGCUGUUCUUGAGAUAUGGAGCCAAUUAGGUGGACACUAUAAAAGCGAACUAUCGGACGUUAUCAAAAGAAUUUCAAAACAGUUUCACAAGUUUAAUUUGCAAUUAAUACUAGUCAUCCCCUCUACAAAGGAAGGCUCAGCAUUGUUUGGUCCUAAAGAUUAUCAGAGGUUACUAAAUGACGUUGAUGGCUUCUCGUUGAUGACGUACGACUACUCAACUCCUCAAAGUCCUGGGCCAGUUGCUCCACUCCACUGGGUAGAGGAUUGCAUUAAAGAACUCACGGGUUCUUCCAAAAGAAAUAAACUACUUGUUGGUAUUAAUUUCUAUGGGUACGACUUUGGACCAAGUGGAAUGGACGCUGUCGUAGGUAACAGGUAUGUUGAGCUGUUGUCAAAUUACAAGCCAAAGAUUGAAUGGGACGAUCAUUGUUCUGAGCACUACUUCAAUUACAAAACUGCAGGUGGCAUGAGGCAUCUAGUCUAUUAUCCUUCGUUAAAAUCUAUGCAGGAGAGACUCCAGUUAAUGACGGAGUUAGGUACCGGUCUAUCAAUAUGGGAAAUUGGACAAGGAUUGGAUUAUUUUUUUGAUUUAUUGUAAAUUAUUAAUUUUUUGUAUAAACUUUAACUGGCCAAGCCUUCUUUAAUGUUUAGGGGUGUGGCUAAGCAGUUAGCUCCGCCUCUAAACAUGGCCUUUAGUGAGUUACAAUUUCUCUAAAUAUUUUGCAAUUCUGUUUUUCUUAAAUAGUUUUAACUGUA